AUGACGUUAGUAAAGGAUGAGGGUCUGACAGUAAAUUUAACAGAAUUCGAGAAGUUGACGGUAAAGACCAUCUCUCCACCCCUCGAGGACUAUUUAAAAGCAAUAUCUAAAACGGGGGAUACGUGCUACAACUGGAACAUAGUGAAACCGCUCUUAGUCUACAAACUAGAGCGAGUUCUGGAUGACUUCAUGGAGACAGUAACUGAGAAUGGUGACGUUAGCGCCCCAACUCCCUCCGAGUUCACUUCCACAAAGGAAAGGUUGGCGGGACUAUUGAACGGUUUUUACAGAGCUCCGUUCACUGUACAGAGACUCCUGGAGCUGCUACUCGAACCUAAUAAACAUUAUAGGAAGUUUGAUAAAUAUGCCCGAGGGCUGGAGAAGGUGUUAUCGGUGGUAACAACAGUUGAUCCGUUCCCCAAGAAAUCUCCCUCUCUCCUUCCCAACACAGUAUUGAACGGAAAUGGACUGAUGAGAACUGUGUCUGAAGAUUUUGGCAAAAAGCCAAAGCCAUUAAUGAACGGAGAAAUGGAAAACAAACCGGAAGACUGUAAAAAGAGAUCAAAUGUCACCGAGGAGCGUUCUCCAAAACGAGCCAGGGUCCACGAUAGUUCGGAGGAUGAAACUAUGAUAUCUGAGACGACAAUGCCGGACGAGAACAGCCAUCCAGAAAGUCAGGAUAUGGACGAAAGUGGGGAGAAACUCAACGGCUCCCAGCCCCAUGAAGAAUUAUCAACAGCUCAGGCUGAUUCACCGGAUGUCACGGAGACUCCUAACUCGACUAUAAUGGAACCAGAUGAAGUUCCUGCAGAUUCAGACCCCGCCGAAACAUUUCCCUCCAACAAUCACACUAACGGAGAAGGGAGCCCUACAGAGGAGCAGGUGACCACCACAUCACCCCUCCAAGAGGACCAGACUACACCGGACAAGGUGGACUCCUCCUCCCUCUCCGCCAUCCUGUCAGAUCACCCCUCCGACCACGGCAGGGAAGGAUAAAGAAGAUUUAGCUAUAGAGUAGAGGGUACCCGCACUACAGCCCACUAAGACCGCACUUUAUCAGGAACUAUCAUACAGGGACAUAGUGUCUUUACACUCAAUCAACUGUCGGUAAUGUUGCACGGCUGCACGUGCAAUAAACGCUCAACAAUGUCGCGAGUCCGCCCUGCCAGCGACUCGUAAAGUCGUCGCGCGACCACUUGUCAAUUAACAGCUUUAACAGUAGGAGGUUUAAUUGUAGUUCCAAAACAAGACGCUUUGGGGUGGAACACGCUACGUUAUUUUUGAUAGCUGAACGGUUUGACGCCUUUAUAAUAUGGAACUACUAUUGAACCCUUCAACUGUAGUACUGUCUCUAAGACACAAGCUGAACAGUUUAAUUACCUGUAACCUUUACAGAGCAACCAACUAAUAGCGAUCUGUAAAAACUGGGUUUUUAAUGUGCCAACCGGAAAGUCAUCCAUUUCUGUUAUAAAGCUUUGUCAAUGUAUCAAAACAGGAAUCAUCCGGAUCAUUGCGACCUCUGCUGAGUUCAAAGAGUCGGACCGGAUAGCCUGUAUCAGUUUAAUCAUUGUAUUUUCUGUUGGUGUAACUACUGAACUAUCACACUGUAAAACAGUUCCUUAUCUCAACGUGUUCUUGAGUCUAAUAUCAACUCUAAUAGUUCAAACUGUGAAGAUCAUACUAAUACAAGUCUACAAAUAUUUCUCGCUUGAGAAAGGAUGUUUUACAGUCUCUAGUUUUUAGGUAGGAUUUCGUCCCAACAUAACAUCUUAAAUCAAACCACCAAAUAUUCCUGUCAAAUUGCUGCCUCAAAAUGACCUGUUUUAACAUGUCUAUUUAUUCGUAAAGUUGUUUAAUAUUUGCGAGAAAAAUUAUACGAUGCUGUUUAAUUGCGGAAAAGGUCGUGAACUGAUAAUAUUAAUUGAUGGUUUUAAAAAUGAUGUCGAUUGAAACUAUUGGUAAUCAUGAUGUAAUUUUGAAACUAAGAUGGUGACGGUUACAGUUAACCUCAUUUUACAUUUGAGACUCAGUUAUGAUAGAAGAUAGACCGGUACCGAUAUAAAAUGUUGAAUAUUUUAUUAUUUUUCAGUUUCUGAAUUUAUUUAAGACUUGCAUCAUAAACAAUAAAGUGGUGUCGUACUAUUG